CACCGGCAGCAGCGGCCCGGAAAGGCCCGGCAGAGCCAUGAGGGCGGCGCUGGUAGAGUACAGCAGCUCGGAGGAGGAAGAGGAAGGGAGGCACAGCGGGGGCGACGAACAGGGGCCUUCUAGGGCCGGCGCUGUGCGGCACCGCCUGCCGCUGCCCGCUGACCUGCCUGGCGAUCUGGAGCCGGAGGAGGCCGUUACCGAUGACAGUUCCCGUCACGGCGGCCGCGUCCGCAGCUUCCCGCACGAGCGGGGCAACUGGGCCACCCAUGUCUACCUGCCCUACAGGGUGCGGGAGGAGUUCCUGGAGCUGCUGGAGCUGCUGAUGUACCGCGCCCGCAGCCACGUCCCGUCGCUGUCGGCGAUGGAGGAGUUCCACCUCAGCCUCUCGCAGUGCGUGGUGCUGCGCUACCACUGGAUACAGCCCUUCGUGAGCGGCCUCAGGGCGCGCCUGGCUGCCUUCCACAGGUUCUUUUGUGUAGCUGACCAAGUGAAGGUUUACACCAACCAGAACAAGACCAGGACCUUUAUUGGCUUGGAGGUCACUGCUGGGCAUUUCCAGCUGCUGGAGCUGGUCUCAGAGGUAGACAGAGUUCUGGAGGAAUUUGACCUUCCUACGUUCUACAAGGACCCAUCAUUCCACAUCAGCUUGGCCUGGUGCGUUGGGGACCUGUCGGACAGGCUGGAAGGGCAGUGCCUGCGGGAGCUCCAGGACAUCGUGGACGGGUUUGAGGACUCGGCACUCCUGCUGCGUGUCCAGUGGGAGCAAAUACACUGCAAGUCAGGGAACAAGUACUUCUCCUUCCCCUUGAGGUAGGGGCCCUUGGGACUGUGCAUGUCAGUCCUGAAGAGCUUGAUGUUUAACCAAGAAGAGAUCUGCAGUGCAGCUCAGAACUUUGCGUGCUCUCACGCACUUCCCA